AAGAAAGGGGUGGGGAUAGAAGAGGUCAGGGAAGUAGUGCAUGGUGGGAGAACACGUGGUUAAAGUGAAGUGUCUAGUGGCAAAUAGUGGAUCUGUGUUUUACAGUCUGGGACAUGGCUGACAAAAAGAAUCUGGGCGGUGAUGACCGCUUCCUUCGGGUGACGAAGGACCCGCGUUUCUGGGAGAUGCCGGAGAAGGAGCGCAAGAUCAAGAUCGACAAGCGCUUCCAGUCCAUGUUCCACGACAAGCGCUUCAAGCUCAAGUACACGGUGGACAAACGGGGGCGGCCCGUCAGCCACUCCUCCACCGAAGACCUGAAGCGCUUCUACAACCUGUCCGACUCCGACCAGUCCGACGAGGAGGCGCCGGCAAAGGAGAAAGAGAAAAAGAAGAAGAAGAAGAAAGAGAAGUCGGAAACGAAGGUGGACUCUGCAUCCCAACGGGGGGUUGAGGAGGAUAAAGGAGGAGAAGAGGAGGAGGAUAAAGGAGGAGAAGCGGUGGACGACUUGCCGGAAAAAGCCGUGAAGAAAGACAAGAAGACUUUGAAAUCCAAAGACGUCCAACGCAAGCGCAGUGAGCUCCUGGAUGCUCCAAAGGGCCCCGUCAGAGGAGUGAAAGUGUAUGAGGAAGAUGGAGAAGAGGAGGAAGCCAGCAUUGAGAGUGACAAAGAUGUCGUAGAGGCCAGCGAUGAUGGUGACAGCGAAGGUGGCAGUGAGGAAGACGAUGAAGACGAGGAGGAGGACAAUGAUGAUGAUGAUGAUGAAGAUGAAGAAGGGAGUGGCUCAGAGGUGGAGUCCGAAGAGGACAGCGACAGUGGCCCUGACUUGGCUCGCGGGAAGGGCAACGUGGAGACCAGCUCAGAUGAAGACGAGGAUGAUGAUGAUGUGGAAGACCAGCUGAGGCGUGAGCGAGAGGAGAUAGAGCAUAACUGGGGCGAGAUGUGGAAGGACGCUCCCCGAAACGACAACGUUACUCGGAGACUGGCGGCUUGUAACAUGGACUGGGACAGACUGAAAGCGAAGGACUUGCUGGCAUUGUUCAGCUCCUUCAAACCCAAAGGAGGGGUUGUGCUCUCUGUGAAGAUCUUCCCCUCCGAGUUUGGGAAGGAGCGGUUGGAGGCGGAGCGAACACAGGGACCCCUGGAACUGGUCACGCUGCCGGAGAACCCCGAAAAGGACACAGAGGAAGAGAGGGUCCACCGUGAGAAGAUGAGGGAGUACCAGUUCAAGCGCAUGCGCUACUUCUACGCCGUGGUGGAGUGCGACUCCCCGGAGACGGCGGCCAAGAUCUACGAGGAGUGCGAUGGGCACGAGUACGAGAGCAGCAGCUCCACGAUCGACCUCCGGUUCAUUCCGGACGAUGUUUCCUUUGAUGAGGAGCCAAAGGAUGUCGCGGCAGAUGUGGACUUGGCUUCCUACACCCCCAAAUACUUCACCUCGGCGGCCAUGGCCACUUCAAAAGUGGAGCUCACCUGGGACGAGACGGACCACGAUCGCGUCACCAUGCUCAGCAGAAAGUUCAAGAAGGAUGAGAUCCUAGACAUGGACUUCCAGGCAUAUCUGGCCUCUUCCAGUGAAGAAGAAGAAGAAGAGGAGGAGGAGGAGAAGAAGAGGGAGGAAGAGGAGAGACAAAAGGAAGAAGAGCUGAAAUCCAAAAAGGCAGAAGACUCAAAGACCAAGGUGAAGAAGACCAAGAAGAGCGACUCGGACCAGAUCGCCAAGUACCGGGAACUCCUGAAGGGCAUUACGGACCAGGACACGAAGCAGCAGGACAAAGCCAUGGAAAUGGAGAUCACCUGGGUGCCAGGCCUGAAGGAGACGACCGAGCAGCUGGUGAAGAAGAAGCUGGAGGGGAAGAACGCGCUGACUCCUUGGGAAGAGUUUCUCCAGAAGAAGAAGGAGAAGAGGAAGGUGAAGAAGAAGGCCAAAGCGAAGCAGGGGGCCGAGGGUUCCGACCUCAGCGACGACGAGCUGCCCCCAGACGUCGACCUCAACGACCCCUUCUUCGCUGAGGAGCUGGGAGGAACGGCAGCGCUGAAAAGCAAGUCAAAAUCGAAGAACAAAAAAUCGAAGGAAGCGGAGAGGACUCCAGAGGAGGAAGAGGAACUUGAAAAACGGAAGGCGGAGAUGGCACUGUUGAUGGACGAUGGCGAAGACGAUGACAAGCACAAGCAUUUCAACUAUGACAAGAUCGUGGAGCAUCAGAACCUGACCAAGAGGAAGAUGAAGAAACUGCAGAAGAAGAACGAACUGCUGGAGGACGAUGACUUCCAGGUGGACGUGAAAGACGCCCGCUUCCAGGCCAUGUUCACUUCCCACCUGUACAACCUGGACCCCUCGGACCCCAGCUACAGGAAGACGAAGGCCACGCAGAGCAUCGUGAAGGAGAAGCAGAGGCGCAGGGAGGAGACGCAGAGCAGGCAAGAGGCGGCGGCCGCCACCAAGAGGAAGCAGCCCGAGCCGGAACAGGAAGUGGCCGCACCCGCGGAGACCAAGAAGGCCAUGGACCCGGGACUGUCCAUGCUUAUCAAGUCCAUCAAGAACAAAACGGAGCAGUUUCAGGCCAGGAAGAAGCAUAAGACAAAAUAGACGGGCAACAUGGUGUGUGUGUGUGUGUGUGUGUGUGUGUGUGUGUGUGUGUGUGUGUGUGUGUGUAUAUGUGUGUGUGUGUGUGUGUGUGAUUAGCGGGUGACAAGCAGGCAGUAUUCAUUGUAUCGGUGGAUUUCUAGUGUUUUAUUUGUUUUUCUUCCUGUUUUUUUCUUCCAUUAUUUUGGUUCUGAAAGGCUUGACACUGAAUCCGUGUGUGAGCAAAGCAUGGAGUUAUUUUCUACCAGAUUCUCAAUGAAACUGUCUUAUUGACAUGUAAGCUCUCACUAUGUACUGUGGUUGUCCAGGAAGUUGGAACUUCUUUUUUCUUUUUUUUUUUUUGAAGAAAAUGUCCCUGUGGAAUGUGCUGGUAUAUAAACGUCUUUGAAGUACCCAGCACGAAAUAGCUGCCGGGCAAGGAGUUUCUUUUUUCUUUUUUUUUCUACUUUUUUAUGCUGCAUAAAGGAUUCUCUUGUGCGUUCAUUUUGGCUCCGGAACAAUACAGGACAUAACUGCAGUUUCCGCUCGUUAAGAACCGGACGACCGCAGUUGCAGCCCUCGUUCCCUGUGAUCCUGGGUAGAGGCGGACGGCUCGAAAGCUGGCCUACCAACGCCGCCGCCACCGUCGUAAAUAAAGGACAGCGCUCUGUGGCUCGCUUGAAGACCCCGGGACACUCAGACUGAUGAUGGUAAUCUGGACGAAACAUUCUCCAGGUCAAGUUGAUCUUGACCUUUGACCUCUGUCUGACCCAGGGAGCUCCGGUCACUCAAGGACUCGCAGGAUGCUCCUGGGGGGGUUGAGUGGUUGAAAAAGCUACUUGAGAUGUGCUGGCAGGCUUUGCUUAUGACCCCCCCACCCCCCAACGACUCCCUAUAGCAACUAA